AGCAGCAGGACAGCAGGGACGUUUCUGACUUUUUAAACAAAUAAGGAGCCAGAAAAUUUAUAUUUUAUUUUAGAGAAUAUGACACGUUUAUGUAGAUUAAAACAGCCCAACAGUAUAUUAAAUUAACCAACCUUAGACAUUUAAAACACAAUAAUGCACCAAUAAUGUUAAUGAACAACAUCAUAUAUAAUAUUAAAACACUGAAAUGGACCGUUUUUGUGAAUUACAUGUCAAGCCGUUACAGGCGCGCAAUGAAUCUCAGAAUACCCAAGGCUGUGAAGGAUACAUUCGUUCUAUCCUUAAAAACCUACGGAAAUAAGGUCGCAUUUUGGGGCUGCUUUUGAAGCAACCUUUGAAUCGGGACAGCCUUACCAGCCUUCAGUCGCGCUGCUGUGACGCAAUCGGUCUUAAAAUGCAGCCUUCAAAGCACGCAGCCCCCGAAUUGGAAAUAGGAAGCAAAGAUCUGGGCGGACUCGAUUGGAGUAUAGGAGGAGUCCUGUUUCCAUGGAGACGCGUCAUCACGCUUUAACAAGUAAUGACCUUUCAGUCUGAUUGAACGCUGUGAGUUUACCCACUACGUAAAGAGAGUAGAUCUAGGUUCGUUUCCUGGUGAAACAUUAAUUCCGAACUUUCUGUUAUUUAAUAAAGGGAGAUCGAUUUCAAAACUCCAACAGCAAUUGUCUUCGCUAAGUAAACAGAUGCGGAUUUAAGUUAGGUAAGCAGCGUUUUGUGUAGAUUAUUUUGUGCAAACAACCGAUGUGUGGUUUGAAUGCACUCGUGUGUAAUGUAAAUGUAAUGUCUGUGUAUUUAAGUUAGUCUACAGCAGCAUGUGGAAAGCGUCAGACUGAAGUGCCGGAAUAAAUUCUUAACGCUAUAUGCCACGUUUAGAGACCGACGAUUUAAAGGCUCUUCUCAAACGACAAACAUGGGUGAAGAGAUUUCAUUUAAAAGGGGUUUUCAUGUGCCACCUUUGACUGGUACCACAGUGAAAGAGAGCAAAAAGAAGAGGAAAGACACAAAUAAAGAGAAAAAGAAACUGAGCAACGGAGUGAAGAAUUCAGAGAAACUUCAGAUGGAACAGUGGACCAACGGAGAGAUGAGUGAUGCUCAAAGCAAAGGUCACACCAAAGCCAAAGAACGGAAGAGCUGCAAAUCUAAAAAUCCCAAAGUUUUAUCAGAAGUCGCCCUAGUUUUAACAGAGGAGGACAAAUCAGACUUGACCUAUCAGGAACAGGAUAGUUUGAGGUGGGAAGGAGUUCUUGAGGAUCCUGUUGCAGAGGCCCAACGGCUGGAGGUGUAUAAAGCCAACCGUCGUAAGCGAUAUUUAGCAUCAAAACAGGCUUUUCUACAAAACAAUCGGACUGGUAUAUGCAUAGGCUCAAAUUCCUCAAAACUAAACACAUUAAGCCAGGAGGAAGCAUGGAAGGUUUUGUCACAUUCCAAACCAAAUGUUAAGAGUCUAUUACACAUUAAACAUGAUAUUAAUACCUUCACAGAGGUUAUAGAAUAAAAAAGUAAGAGGCGGGUCAUGUCUUGAACUUUUCUAAAUAUAUUCUCAGUGUCUAAUUUGAAUUAAUUAUAGAUGUCACGUAAGACUACUGUUUGUUUACGAACGUAUUUCAAUUUAAUAGAUCUGCAGUUCAUUGUCAUAGUUACAGAUGUUUGUGAGAAAGACACCCGAAUAAUAUGAGCAAGCAAGAACUGCCAGUGCAGAUGAUACACAUGCUAUGCAUAGUAUAAUAUUCCCAUGACUAGUAUAAACACGACUCUUGUGUACAUGUAAACAGUUCAGGCCUGU